AUGAAUAAUUUGUUGCGUCUUAUAUCGACAGAACCACUCUCCAAUACAUUACGCCAAUUACACAUAACAAUAGGUGAUAGUUAUUCCAACGCUCAUUGUCCUGUGUCAAUGUAUAAUCUAUCGAUUCGAAUGAUUAAUUUACAUACAUUUUCACUAGUUCAAACAUUUUUCUCAAUGUUAACAAUUGAACGGACAGAUUUUGAUAUACUGACAUCUUCGAAUGUUAUGCCUGUUCUUCGACGUGCUAAUGUAUCUCUGUUUAUUAAUAUUAAUGACAUAAAUAGUAUUAGUUCAUCAGAAAUCUUUACUGAUCAUCGUCGUGUUGAUGUUCAUUUCGCAUUUAAUCUUCUUAAUUGUCCUCAAUAUAUCAAAAUAAUACCGUAUAUGCUACGUGGAAAUCGUUUUCAUUCACGAGAAAUUGUUGGUGCAACAUUCCUUGUUAAUCACUGA